UGGAAGUGUUCGGUGUAGAAGUACUUAAGUACUUACGUAGAUAUGAAUUUCAAAUCAACAAUUUUCCUAAUUUUCUUGUUUGCGCUUACCGGUGCCAAAUACAGCGGAAUUGGUCCACCGUUGGACUGGUGGCAGAAGAUUAUUCUUUAUCAAAUAUAUCCAAGAUCGCUUCAAGAUACAAAUGGUGAUGGUAUAGGUGAUCUGAAAGGAAUCACACAAAGAGUUCAACACUUCAAUGAUAUCGAAGUCGACGCUGUAUGGUUAUCACCAAUUUUCAAAUCUCCUCAGCUAGAUCUUGGAUACGACAUAUCUAACUACACCGAGAUAGAUUCUUCUUAUGGCACAAUGGAAGAUUUCAUGGAAAUGAUGAAAACGUAUCAGUCGCGGGGUAUCAAAGUUAUAUUAGACUUCGUACCAAAUCACACAAGUGAUCAACAUCCAUGGUUUAAAAAGUCGGUCAAGAAAAUUAAACCAUACGACGAAUACUAUGUGUGGCAUAAUCCGAAAGGUUGGGAUAAAAAUACACCCAUACCUCCCAAUAACUGGAGAAGUUUGUUGAAUGAUUCAGCCUGGCAUUUCAAUUCGGAAAGGCAGCAAUUCUAUUUUGCUCAAUUUUUGAAGCAAGAGCCAGAAUUAAACUUCCGUUGCAAAUAUGUAAUAGAAGAGUUAAAAAAUGUGCUCCGAUUUUACCUAGAUAAGGGAGUCAAUGGAUUUCGUACAGAUUCGGGGCCAUUUCUAGUUGAAGAUGCUAAAUUACGAGACGAACCUCCAACCAAAGUACUCGCACCAGGAUCAAAAAAAACGGACUACGUCAAUCAACAGCAUAUUUACACAUUGAAUCAACCAGAAACUUUUGAAGUCCUGCGUCAGUUCAGAGAAGUACUCGAUUCGUAUACACAAAAAGGUGGUCUAACAAGAAUACUUGUAAUUGAAGCAUACAGUGAUACUCUACAAAUAUUUGAGAAGUAUUACGGAUCACCAACAGAACCAAUUGCUCAUAUACCCUUCAACUUCCCUCUGAUUACGAAAGUGAACGACUCUUCUACUGCAAUAGAUUUUAAAAAAGCUAUAGUUCCGGUAUUAAAUGCAGCAUCUCCGGACAGAUGGCCUAAUUGGGUGACUGGAAAUCACGAUAAUCCCAGAGUACCCACCAGGUUCGAGCCUAGCGCCAUAGAUCAGUUGAAUUUUCUAGAUCUAUUAUUACCUGGCACUGCGGUCACCUAUCAAGGAGAAGAAAUUGGAAUGGAAGACACAAAAAUUACACCCGAUCAAAACAUCGAUCCAAUAAGUCCUACCAGGAUUCCAGAACGAACGCCGUUUCAAUGGGAUUCUUCACUUCAUGCCGGCUUUUCAAACACAAAAGGCAAUACUUGGGAACCAGUUAAUCCGAAUUAUUACUGGCUGAAUCUCAUGGCACAGAAAAAUUCCACAAAAAGUCAUUACAAUAUUUAUAAGAGUUUGGCGAAACUCAGGCUGAAAGAUGAAUUUCUUUAUGGAGACUUCAAAAGUUACAUAAUUUCCGAAUGGGUUUUUGCUUUCACGAGGAGUUUACCCGAAAAGAAUCCAUACAUUAUAGUACUCAAUUUGAAUAAUGAACAAGAAUAUGUCAAUUUGAUAAAAAGUAUUCCGAAUUUGCCUAAUAAAUUGAACUUAUGCUUAGCCAGUGGAAAUUCUGAGCACAAUCCAGGUGAUGAAAUCAGCCCUGCACAAUUUCCAAUGAGGCCAAAAUCCGCUGUAGUGUUGAGCGUAGGUAAGUGCAAUUAGUUGAAUCCAGGUAUGAAGUCCGCGUCUGUAUCCAGCAUGGCCCAAGAAUAUUUAGUUCAAAUCUCAUUCUAACUGGAGGAAGUUUGAAAAAAACGAGCAGAAUCACUUUCAUUUUUAGGACGUUUCUACCAAGUGACGAAGUACAUGGGUACUCUACUUUUGAUGACCUGUUUUUUAAAUUUCAAUCAAUUAAACAAUGGAAAUGAG